UGGCGCGCGGUGCAUGGUGGUGGCGCGCGGUGCAUGGUGGUGGCGCGAGGCGUUUGGCUUGGCUGGGCGGGGCGGGCGCCCGCGCGGCAAGGCCGCGCACCUUUCCCGCUGGACUGGGAGACCUUCCCGCUGAGCCUGUUUCCUCUCUUUGCAGUAGCGGAGCAUGCCCCGCACGGGGCACCCCAGACCCUACCGUGCAGCCCCAUUGCCGGCCCGGAGCGUGUAUCUCAGCAACUGGGACUGGACGGAGGCGGCUCGGGGAUCCCCACUGCCCCGGGUCUGGGUGCGUGACUGACCCUCCCGGUGCCAGAGCCCCCCAGCACAGGCCAGGAUGUUCGUCCUGGUGGAAAUGGUGGACACCGUGCGGAUUCCCCCCUGGCAGUUUGAGAGGAAGCUCAACGACUCCAUUGCCGAGGAGUUGAAUAAGAAGUUGGCCAACAAGGUCGUGUACAACGUGGGACUCUGCAUCUGUCUGUUUGACAUCACCAAGCUGGAGGAUGCCUACGUGUUCCCCGGGGACGGUGCAUCACACACCAAAGUUCACUUCCGCUACGUGGUGUUCCAUCCGUUCCUGGAUGAGAUUCUGAUUGGAAAGAUCAAAGGCUGCAGCCCGGAGGGAGUGCACGUCUCUCUAGGGUUCUUCGAUGACAUUCUCAUCCCUCCAGAGUCACUGCAGCAGCCAGCCAAGUUCGAUGAGGCGGAGCAAGUGUGGGUGUGGGAGUAUGAGACGGAGGAAGGGGCGCACGACCUGUACAUGGACACCGGCGAGGAGAUCCGCUUCCGGGUGGUGGACGAGAGCUUCGUGGACACAUCCCCCACCGGACCCAGCUCGGCCGAGACCGCCUCUUCCAGUGAGGAGCUGCCCAAGAAGGAGGCUCCGUACAUACUUGUGGGAUCCAUUAGUGAGCCCGGCCUGGGUCUUCUCUCCUGGUGGACGAGCAGCUAACCCUGGGACUUGACCAUGGACCCCGCCCAGUCCUGCAGACCCCGUCCCACCUUGGGAAGGCUGUGUGGUGCCGCUGGCCCUGAAGACAGCAGCAGCUUCUGCAGAUACCGAGGAGCUGAGUCUCUGCCCCACCAGGUUGUCCCCUUCCCUGCUCCUCCCGGAGCCACCCCCGAAGUCCAGAGGUCCUCAUGGCCUUCUCUCAGUGACAGCAAAGACAGUUAAUAAACAAUGGUAGCCUCA